GCACUUAACAGUCAUUGAUGCUAAUAGUAUCAACUAACAUCCACCUUAAGUAGAAAUCACUUUACGCGGAUUAGUUGCAGUUUUAUACCGUUAUAUAUACAAGCAAUAGUGUGUUUAACGGUGCUACUGUAAGAAUAUCGCGUCUACGCAGUUAAAAGGAUGAUCCUGCUACGGUGCACUUGCUUUGUCCUCGUAGCUACUACGAUCGGCGUCUUCGGCUCUGCCGCCAAGAAUGCACAGACGGUUCACCAUCACAUGACCAGUAGAGAGCUUCAGAAAUACUUUGGGGUGGACCAACACAAAGAUGUUCCCGAGUAUGACGUCACUCACCCAUACCAGUCUACCUCGGCCGGCACAUUCCUGUCUUACGAUCUACAUAGCGACCAUCGAUCCCGACGCAGCACUGACAUUCACGACAAGCGCUACAACAUCCGGGCAUUCGGGAAAAAUAUGCACCUCAAACUCCGAGAGAACAAACGGCUCCUCGCCCCAGGUCUGAAGGUGGAGGAAUACCAAAACGGCCAUGUUCGACGGAGUGAGCUUCCCAUGGGGACUAAGCACUACAUUGGCGAAAUCGAAGGAGAUGCUAAAUCAAUCGUCGCUCUUAGCUAUAAUGAUGGUCUGACCGGGAUGAUUCAAACACGUGACGAGCCUCUGUUUGUGCGCCCUAUACCCCGCCACCUCGCCGCGCAAGUGGGACAUCCCACGCAUGCCACGCCUCAUAUUGUGUACAGGAGAGCGGCAAAGCAUCUUGAUAGUUUUGAGAUUGAUCGGGAUCUCCCUACUUAUCAAGCAUCCAAGAGAUCUUUGCCUCAAUCCCACGUAACCAAGAGAAGCUUGUCAAACAUUUCAACCAUCGAAAUUGGUCUUGUGGCUGAUGACGUCAUCUCUAGUAUCCACGGAAACGACAGCCGAAAUUAUUUACUCCAAAUGGCAAAUGUCUUGCACAGCUUGUUCCAGGACAGCUCGAUUGGCGCACAAAGGGUGUCUAUUGCUGUCACACGCCUGAUGUUUGUAAGAAAUGCUGAUAUCGGCCUAAGUGCCACAGAUGAUAAGGGGACGAAACUGAGCAUGAUCACAACGUGGGCCUCUCAGAACCAAAUAAAUCCGGAAAGUGAUGAUGACCCGGAUCACUUUGAUGCCUUGGUGUUUAACGCGAGGGGUAGCGAUCCAGGAGGGCUUGCUCAAAUGUCCGCAAUCUGUGUGGGAGCCAUUGCGCCUUCAAUGUCGAACGACAUCGGGCUGCAAACAGCCAUGAUCAUUGCGCAUGAGCUGGGGCACGGUCUCGGCGUUGGACAUGACCAGACGGACAGCUGUCCAGGGGGAGUCAAUAUCAUGUCAGGCCACUCCUCUGGGGGUCCUGGAGCUUUCCAGUGGUCCAGCUGUAGUAAAAACGUUAUUCAAAACUUCCUCAGUGGACCUGGUUCUAGCUGCUUGAAAGACUUACCACCAGUACCACGACCUCAAUUUCCGCAUACGAAUAAACUCCCCGGUCAACUGAGUGACGGUGACGCCCAAUGCAAAGCUAUGUACAACUACCAGUACUGGCACUGUCCACAAAAAAUAAGCGAUUGUGCUUCUCUGUACUGCACCAAUACCAACACAACCUGCAGCUCGUCCGUGGUACCUCCUUUGGACGGUACUAGAUGCGGACCAAGACACUGGUGUAUCCGCGGGACAUGUGUUGAUGAUGGAUCGCCUAUCAUUAAUGGAGGCUGGAGCGAGUGGUCUACAUACGGGGACUGCAGCACAACCUGUGGGGGAGGGGUACAGUGGCGAUCUCGUACUUGCACUAAUCCAGAACCUGCUAAUGGUGGCGAUGAUUGCGAAGGUUCCUCAAAAGGUCAUUUCAGAAUAUGUAACGCAGAGGCUUGUCCCGUUGAGGCCGUGCCAUUCAGACGAACACAGUGCCAAGCAUUUGAUCCCAACUAUGUAGAGCACUACUACUCGGACCCAUGUAAGCUUGUAUGCAGACAGGUGGACUACAUCUAUUUCUUCGGAAACGUGGCGGACGGAACGCGGUGUAGCAGUGACCCCCUAAGGAAAGAUGUUUGCAUCGCUGGAGCAUGCCGGUCGGUUGGCUGUGACUACAUUCUGGAGUCGGGUGUUUUCCCUGAUCGCUGUGGUGUCUGUAACGGUAACGGGACAACAUGUGAUAGAGUACAUUUUGAAUACACGGAAAACUGGCAGUAUUGGGGCCCAAAUGCUGCAGCCACAAUGGAAACAUUGCCCGUGGGCUCUACUAAAGUGGUUGCCGCCAAAAGACAAGUAGGAUACAAUGUUCUUGGGAUCCAAAAUUCCGAUGGCGUGUACCUCAUCAGCCUUCCUUCCUGGAGUACUACCGUGUAUGCCGCUGGAACAAAGAUUGUGUACGAGCAUAAUGAAAACCUGUAUAGGGACCGCAUUCUCAUCGAAGGACCGACCACAGAGAAAUUACUGUUAAAGUUUGUAUACGUUUAUGAGGUGAACGGGGGAGUCGACAUCGAUUACUUUAGACCGGUUUCUGGUGUCCUUGGAUCUAAUGUCUCGUACCAAUGGGCAACUUCUAACUGGACAUCUUGCUCAACAACUUGUGCUGGAGGGGAAAGAAGCCGCGUUCUGUAUUGUGUUAGAAGCGAUGACAAUACAUUUGCGUCGCACUCGGCAUGUGACGCUGCCCUAAGACCUGCAAGUGUCGAAGCGUGCAAUACACAGACCUGUCCGCCAGAAUGGCACGUGACUGAAUGGGAUACCUGUUCCAAGACCUGUGGACGAGGGUCCCAGUCCCGCGCUGUAUUUUGCCGAAAGAAGACAACGUCAUCAUCCCAUGAAACUAUCGAUGACCAAAUCUGUCUGGACAGUGGGCUCACAAGGCCGAAUGUCACAGAAGUGUCCAGAUAUUGUAACGAGAUUCCGUGUCCCCCCGAGUGGGUUCCUCUUGCCUGGUCAGAGUGCAGUACCACGUGCUCCACUGGCGUCACAACAAGACAGCUGGAAUGUCGUCGCCUUGAAGCCUCUGGGGUCAUGUCCCCACCAAUACUUCCUGAAAAUUGUGAUCACGCAAUUAAACCGCCAACAUCAGAACCUUGCAACUCGGAUAAUCCCUGUACUCCAAACGAGGAGAUCGAAAUUGCUUGCUUCGUGACAAACUCUGACAUCGCAGUUUUGGCCGAUCUGACUGAAAACCUAGACCUGAAUAACACAGCCGCAAUCGUCCAGCAGUGUACACAGCUCGCGCAUGCGCAGGGCUUUAAGUACUUUGCUUUGGGGGACAAUGGCAUCUGUUACUCUGAUGCUGAUACAAAUACUACGUACUUCUUGAAUGGAGAAACUGGCAAGAAUAAUUGUUAUGCAGGAGUUGGGAGAGCCGGUUAUAUGUUCGUCUAUACUUUAGAAUCUCUUCCAACGCUUGUGAAUCUCGGAUGCUAUCGAGAUGACUACUUUGAUCGCGCCUUACCGACAUUUUACGCCAACAUGCGAGAUCAGAUCGUGUGGGAAAACAUGAACAAGACCAUCUCACAAUGCGCGCACAUUGCACGAAACAAGGAGUACGAUUACUUUGGUGUUCAGUUUUAUGGCGAGUGUUGGUCUAGUUCUACUCCGCUUGCUGACUUGAGCUACACCAGGCACGGAGAUGCUGACAACUGCUGGGCAGGAGUGGGAGGCGACUGGUCUUUUCAGAUGUACAGAUUAGGCACGAAUUCCAAGAAAUGAAGAAAACUGUCUGACUCAAUAGUAUAACUCGGAAAAUCCGGGAAACGGGUGUGGUGGAUAGAUAGUUCUUUUAGAAGAGAGGGAAUUUAGUACAAUUAUAAGGUUUUAGUUAUUAUAUCUUUAAAAGAAAGAUAAUAAAGAUGGUAUACAGGAA